CGACUGCAGUUUUGCAUGCAAGGGGUUUGCAAGCGGUUAAACUGGGUUGAACCAACCAUGGUGAUUGUGCCAUAUGCAAGAUCUCACAUGAGGCGACGAAACAACUUGGAAAGCAACUUGAACCUGUUCACUUGCAGCACAGGGAAUCUGUGCAGCUUCAAGAAUCAGGGCGCCGUAAUUUGCAACAGCCACAUACAUACAUACAUACAUACAUACAUCACGUUAUAAAGCCCGAAGAAGGUCGAGCAAGCAAUUAGCAUUAUGGCAGGCGCCGCUGUUGCUCUCAGAAGUGGUGUGACACCAGGGGCUUGUUUUGCAAAGCACGCCUUGCGUGGGCAAAGCGUCGUUGGGAGCAGAGCGGCACUGCCGUGCCGGAGUCGUGAAGCUUUGGCCAGCCUGCAUCUGCUUGCGCACAAGUCAGCUUCGCAUAGGAGUACGUCCUGCAGAGAAGUCAAGAUGUCCUUCAUGGGCAAAACUCAGACUGUGAGGCGAACUGCACACUCAGGAUGCCGUGCGUCUGCAGGGGCCAGUUCUGGUGGGGGUUCAGUCCUCACCCCUGAGCUCCGGACGGCGGUGGAAGAAUUCCUGCAGGAGCACAAGGUCGUGCUCUUCAUGAAGGGCAACCGGCAGUUCCCACAGUGCGGCUUUUCGAACACCUGUGUCCAGAUUCUCAACAUGGUUCAAGUCCCAUAUGAGACCGUCAACAUUUUAGAGAACGAAACUCUCCGAGCGGGCAUGAAGGAGUAUUCGUCCUGGCCCACCUUCCCGCAAAUCUACAUCGAUGGGGAGUUCAUCGGGGGAUGCGACAUUGCCAUUGAACUUUACCAGAGCGGCGAGUUGAAGGAGCUUGUCGAGAAGGCCCUCGUCUCAUAGCGAUCGCGAUCUGUCCUGGUCCUUCUUAGUAAGGGUCUUUUGCCGAUAUGGCCAUUGAUAUGGAUUCAGUCCUUUUCCAGUUGUUCAAUAAUCGAUGUGACAGGAGUAUACAAAAAGCGAAGGCCCGAGUAGCUAGCAAUGUUUGGAAGUUGUCAAUAACAUGUUGCACAAUCUCCCUGCCAGAUGGGUUUCCAUCGACCUUUGAAACCAUCCAAUUCGUUUUGCUCCCUGCUGUGGAUCCUAGCUGUCUUUGACAAUGCGAAGCCUUCAGUCUGGCUGCAUGGGUCCGUCAGCAGUCCAGGGGGCCAAACAGUUUAAAACACGAUGGCCUUGUUUGAAUAUGUCAGUCGACUGGAUGGUGCACCU